AUGGGGUUAGGAAAGUAUUUUCCACACUUGAGGGUAUUGCCUGAAGAACAUGCGGAAACAGCUGUUUCCUUAGAUGGUAAGUUGCAUAAUGGAGCAGUAGUGUCAGAAACAGUAUUUUCAGAUGGAGUUUCGUCGGAGUUUGAUGAUAAGAAGGUUGUGAUAGCUGGAAGUUCGGAUGACGGUACAGUGGUACUUAGAGCAGAUAUUCCUUAUGAACUGAGGGAUGAGAGUGGUCGGAAAUGGUGGAAGUAUUUCGAUGAGUAUGAAUACAGGUUUAACAAGCAGUAUAUAUUGGGUAGGAAAUGGUAUGAGUUUCUUUAUCCGAAUCACACGACGCAGUCGCCCGCUGAGAGAACGUUGUUAUACAAGUUGGACUUGAUUGUAGGGAUGUACCUGAUGGUUUUAUGUUGGUGUAAAUCUGUGGAUAGCAAUAACUUGACGAAUUCGUAUAUAUCAGGUAUGCAUGAGGACCUCAAGAUGAAGGGGAACGAUUUAGUGUACACAUCAACGAUUGCGAACAUUGGAUCGAUCGUCUUUCAACUACCAUUCAUGUAUUUCUUACCGAGGUAUCCUUCUGUCUACAUUUUGCCUAUAAUGGAUUUGGGAUGGUCGUUGUUUACCGUUCUUUGUGCUACAGUGAAGAAUUUAGCCCAACUAAAGGCUUAUAGGUUUAUUCUUUAUGCUUUUGGUGGUGCUUAUUAUCCAGUUUCGCAAUAUGUCAUGGGUUGUUGGUACGCUCCCGAUGAGAUUUCUUCUAGAGUCUGUUUAUUUUUCUUUGGGCAGAUUUUGGGUCGUGUUACUGCUGGUUUUCUCCAAGCUCGUCUGAUUCAGAGCUUGGAUAACGUUUUGGGCUUGCCUGGAUGGAGAUGGAUGUUUUUGAUUGAUGGUCUUGUUAUAUCCAUACAUACAGCUGUAGUUGGGUACUUCGUUUUACCAGGUGUCCCUUCUAAAUGUUAUUCUUUAUUUUUGACUGAUGAAGAAAUUAGAAUCGCCAGAGAACGGAACAAGAGGAAUCAGAUCAAAGACUCUGUCUCAAAUACUUCUCAGCUAAGUUCUUUGUUAUCGUUGAAACUUUGGAAAAAAGUGCUCUUCGCUCCCACGUUGUGGAUUCUUUUGCUCUAUGACAUGUUUUCUUGGUGCUGUAUGACUGCCUAUAGCGGAGGUUGGGAACUGAUGUUAGAUGAAGAAAAGCGUAAAGGCGUAUAUUCAGUUAUCGCAAUUAACAAUUUGUCCUCAAUACCUGCCUCUGUAGGCCUUGGCUACCUUGUAAUUUGUGCUCUUGGUUCUGAUUUGUUCCGCUCCAAAUGGUUCUUUAUCGUAUUUGGUUGUUUAAUGCACUGUAUUGCAUGUGCAAUUCUGAUCAAAUGGGAUGUACCGAAAUCAGUUCAAUGGCUUGCAUACAUGAUGACAUAUUGGUCAAUUGCCACUACUCCAUGUUUGUGGGCAUUUAUUAACGACUUUCUCAGACAUGAUCCUCAGGUAAAGGCCAUAUCCUGGAUUAUAAUAUACUCUGUAUCCCAGUCGACAUAUAAUUGGGUUUCUGUGCUUGUGUGGAAGACGGUCGACGCCCCUCAGUUUAAACUGGGAUAUCGAGCAGCCUUUAUAUUUACCUUUCUCCUUGGUGCUUGGACGUUUGUGAUUCUAUACUUUUACAAAAAGAAUGAACGGAAAGUUGCACUUGACAACAGAAUUAUCUUGUAUAAUACCAAAAAAGGUAUCCCAAUCCCAUCAUAUGUUGAUACUUUAAUGAUUAAGAAAGGCGCAUAUUAUUACCUGAAGGAAACGUAUGAUGUCGCCAAAGAGCCUUCUCCCAGUAAGGAAUAA